AUUCAUAAACCGACCACGUGAGCACAACAAAAUGGCGGCCGAGGAUACUCUUUCCACUAAAAUUCAAAAUAUUUUGUUCUCUCCUAAUACCCAGCUGCAAACUCCAUACACUACUAAUGAUGUAAUGCGUUUCCUCGGCUCGGGCUACAUGCGUCGUGACGUUAAUCGGGUACUCUACAUGCUUGAGAAGGAGAAAUUCAUAGAGAGAGUAAAAGAGUCUCCGCCUACUUGGAUAUCCUUUGUUACUUACGCCCCUGAUCAAAGGAGUGGAUCAACUCCUAAAAAAGAUGCAUAUAAUAGUGCUGCGGUUCCAGUGGGCGUGUCUGGGGGUGGGGCUUCUCCUGCUCACCAAUCCGAAAUACUCGAAGUGCUAAUACACAGUAGUAACCCUCGUACAGCAACUGAAGUAGCAAGUGAGAUUGGAUUAAGAGGAGCAUCUGCUAUCAAUCCCGACCUCCUGUUAAUGGAAAAGGAGGGGAUUUUACGUAAAGUUUUUCAGUCUAAGGGUCCAAUAUUAUGGGAACUGGCGUCAAGGCCGGAAAGGGCAGGCCCAAGUCCAAACCCCAAGAUAAUGUCACAUGGUUAUAACACAAGAUCAAAGAGACAAUCAAAUAGCUUUAAAUCGCCACCACAACCACCUCAGCAAUCGCCUGUUAAUGUAACAAGAAAACCAGUUCCUCCCUCCAAUUUCUCUCCAUCUUUUAAACAACCACCUGUACUCUCUCCCCCCUCCUCCUUUGCCUCUUCUAAACCUUAUACCGCUAACCAUUUACCCCCUCCUCCUCCUCCUCAAGAGCAUGUCAAUGCCCCAUCAUCAUCAUCAGGUUUCAAAAGUUUCUCUUCUGACACUCGAACUGAUGAAUCACGCUCUCUCAUUUUGCAAUACCUCUCAACCUGUUCUGAGGAGAAGAAGGCAGCUUCCAUAGCAUAUGACUUAGGUAUGUCACGUCAUGAUGUUAAUGCCAUUCUCUAUGCUUUGGAGAGUGAGGGAUUGGUACGUUGUUUUAAAGGAAUAGGUCCUCCAGUUUGGAUCAUGAAGCAGACUAACCCCCCACCAGUGGGCAGGGGGGCAAUGAGACCUAUAAUGGAUAAUACAAGGCAUGGUCCAGGGCCUCAAUCUUUAGGUCGUAAUGUGUCUAUGUCGUCAUCAGCUGCAGCUCCUCAUCCUAACUCGUUCUCUUUCGCUCAAUCUCAAAAUAACGUUGAAAUCAUUUCACCUUCUCUCGCUCCCUCACCUCUCCCUCCUCCUCCUCUCCCUCCUUCUCUCCCUCCUCCUUCUCUCCCUCCCCCUUCUCUCCCUCCUCAUUCUCUCCCUCCUCCUUCUCUCCCUCCUCCUUCUCUCCCUCCUCCUCCUCAUAUUCCUGAUCCCUCUUCCUCUGCUCCUCCUCCUCCUCCUUGUCCCUUAGAGCCAUACUCGUGCUCUCCUGCAGCUGCUGCUCUUGUCAAAAAACUGACUCGCAAUCCGAUAUCAAUCCUGUCAGAAUUCUGUCAAAUAGAAAAGCUUGCUUUCUCUCUCUCUGUAGUCAGGGAGCAUGGUCCAGAUCACUCUAGGACAUUUACCAUUGCUGCUUCUUGUCCUCCAUUUUAUGCCGAAGCUGACGCAACGACCAAGAAAGAAGGAAGAAGAAUGGCAGCAGAACUGGCCUUGCAAAGAAUCCGUGCUUGCAUUGUCGUGGGCAAAAAAGAAAGCACUGGUCCUACUUGGUUUUUAGAUACUACUCCGUCUGCCGAGGGAGAGGAGGAAGAGGAAAGAGCUGGCAAAGACACUGAACUAACUUUUCACGAUCACAUUGACAGUGUAGCUCAUUCACUACACACAAGGUUGGAAUUAGCUCUUGGCUUGCCCCAGCCAGGUCGUAAGGUCAUGGCUUGCUUUAUUAUGGAGGACUCCGAGACUGGACAGCUCGAGGUCGUUUCGUUUGGUACUGGAACGAGAACAGCCUCGGGCGACCUAUUGGAUCUUAAAGGCGAGGUUGUGUUUGAUUCUCAUGCUGAGAUUAUUGCUCGACGCGGUCUUAAAAUGUUCCUUUACCAAGAGCUCCAGGUCUAUUACGAUGGAGGGGACGAUGUUGAGACGAUUUUCGAAGCAAAUGAAGACGGCAAGGAGCUGACUUUGAGAGUAAAGAAAAGCAUAAAAUUUCACUUGUACAUAUCUACUGCACCUUGUGGUGAUGGGGCCCAGUUCUCAAGACUGGACAAUGAUAACCGAUUGCCUCCUCCCCCUGGCUCACCCCAUGUCCCCACUAAUAACGGUAAAUCCCAAGGUGUCCUCAGAACCAAGAUGGAGGGAGGAGAAGGGACCAUACCGAUUGGGCCAGAGACCCAACCACAGACGUGGGAUGGUAUCAUUCAAGGAGGCAGGCUUAGAACAAUGUCAUGCAGUGAUAAGAUUGGCAGCUGGAACGUACUAGGACUUCAAGGAAGUCUCCUUAGUCUUUUUGUGGAGCCUGUCUAUCUCUUCUCUUUAUCUCUCGGCAGUUUACAUCACCACGGUCACCUCUCUCGUGCUGUCUGCUGUCGUUUCCAUGAGCUCGGCCCGUACCUACGGCCUCCUUAUAAGGUCAACCAUCCUCUCCUUGGAAGAGUGAAAGGUGGGGACGAUAUGCCGAGACAUACAGAGAAGACGAGUAAUUUAUCAAUGAAUUGGGUAAUAAACGACGAUAAACCAGAGCUGAAUGACGGGACUACAGGACGUCCCAUCUCCUCCUCUUCUUCCCCGCCUGUGUCCCCUGGUACCUCUCAAUUAUCAAAGAGCAAUCUCUUUAACGAGUUCCUCUCUCUCUCCUCUGUCAGUGGCCAUACUGACCAUCUCCGUGUCCAGAGCUAUGCUGAAGCUAAGAGUCUUGCUGUUGCUUAUCAGGAGGCUAAAGGAUUGCUUCACAAGUAUUGCAUGGAGAAAGGGUAUGGGCUCUGGAUGAAGAAACCUCCAGAAAUUGACCAGUUCAGUCAUAAAGAAGAAUCGAUGGAUGUAUAGAGAAAUUGAAACUAAUGAUUUAUUAAUUUAAUCACUUUCUGUAAAAAUUAAUUAUGAAAUGGGAUGUGGGUGUGGCUCGUUAUUUUGCACCAUUUGCUUACAUACACAUGGCGAGCAAGCGAGUGCUUACAUUUGUAACU